GUAAUAGCGAAACUGUUUUUGUUCGUUCGUCAUAUUUUAAUAGUGAAUUACCUGAACGAAAAAUUCUUCAUUAUCUUUAUUUACAAACAAGUUUAUUUUUUGUAUUUCACUAAUGGAAUGGCCAACGGAAAAAUUGUUACGACUUAUUGAACUUUUUAAAAACAAUCGUUGCCUCUGGGACCCACAGGAUAGAAACUAUAAGAAAAGCAACUUUAAAGACAAAGCAUGGACCAACAUCAGCGAUGAGUUGGGAGGGAAUGCCAUUGAGACAAAGAAAAAGAUGGAAUCGCUACUCGCAUCUUAUCGGCGGGAGCGUAAAAAAUAUGAAUUGGCCCUCUGCGGUUCGCAUCCGGACAAGGUUUAUAUGUCAAAAUGGUUUGCAUUUAAUGCCAUGAGCUUCAUGGCCAACAGAUCAUUUGAUAAGAGGCCCUUAAACGAUAUUCACCAUGAUCCUUUGGAUGAAAUACUACAUCAGGACAGUUCUCACAGUCAGGACUACUACGAGGCUCUAAAGUCUAAACGUUUGAGACCAAAUGUGGAAGGCAGUCCUCGAAGAAGUACAACAUUUGAAGUGUCGCCCUCUGUACCAGAUAAAAAAAUAGCGACAGAGAAAUACUCGUGCUGCAGUAGCAGAGCUGUUUACGAAUACAAACGACGAGAUGCUAGUGAUAUUUUUGGAGAAUAUGUUUCUACAAAGCAUCGAAAAUAUAGUGAUCAUGUCAAAAAUGUUAUAGAACAUCAGAUUGCACAGAUUUUAUUCGACGCGGACAUGGGUCUCUACAAUCCUGGCACAACAACAACAGUUACGAUAUCGGCACGUUCUCCAAUUAUGGCUACCGAUACGGGAGACACUUCGGAAAUUAUUUAUGAAAAAUAAUUAGUGCAAAAUAAAUUAUAGAAAUUAGAAUACAUUUAUUUUUAAAUUUCUCUACUGAUUACAAUUUAAUAUUAGAAUCAGUUUCACAAUUAUACUAAUGUAUUGGAUACAUAAUUUAUUGUAACUUGCGUAGAAUAGAUAAGAGACAGUUUCAAU